UAAUCCAAUUGAAGAAACAAUUAUCAAUCGUUGGAAUCAACCAAUUAUUAAUCUUGAUCUAUUAAUUGCUAUAGUAUGUAUACAAUCAUUAUAUCGUGGUUAUCGUAUUCGAAAUUCAAUACGUUUAAAUCAAACCAAAUAUCUAAUAGAAACUUUAUUAUCUACCAUAAAUUCACAGAAUAAGUCAAAUAGAGAUAAUAAUCAUAAAAUAUGA